GGGUGGAUUUCAGACCUCUGUGAUGCCUCACUGAGCCAUGGCUAUGAGGCCAUCCAUGUCCUGAGCAGCAGUGCUGGAAUAGGGGUGGGUUUCCCUUCUCAGGGCUCCCAGGUUGGGUUGGGGUGUAGUUCUUUCAGCUAAAGGUCCCAGCUGGUCAAAGAGUUUGCGGUCAUUGAAAACUAGCAUCAAUGGGGAGGAAAUGAAAAGCUUGGAUGUAUCCUAAGAAGGUUUAACAGCCCUUCAGUGAUGACACUGGAGAUCUACCUGCUCCUUGUGGUCUGGCUAACUUUUAAAAACAAUGCAAUCAUUAUUGAUAGGCAGGAGAAAUUCCCCAUCACUGCUCCUGGGAACUUCAGCAAGCAAAUUUGGUCUACUCGGGGUCUACAAUUUUGGUCUACCAAAAUUAUGUCCAGAAAGAGAAAAAAUAAGUUGAUCACUGGAUUAGCAGCUGGAAAGGUUAUGAAGAGAGAGGAGACUCUGAAGCAAGGGAUGGGUUUAAAAUGGUCUCUUAAAUAUGGUGAUCCUAGAGGGGUGCCAGCCCAGGGGAAGCCAAAUGCUGAGAUGAGAUCCUGGGGUCAAGGGAUUGUGUGACAGCUGUUGGGCAGAUGGAAGGACAGGCUCAGGAUUCAGGCUCCCCUUGCCCAAAGUUGCUCUGGUUUUGGUGGCUGUUUUCUGCUCCUCCUGCAUCCCAGGGCUGUGGAGUCUGCCUUGUUUGGACUCCAGUAAGAUGCUGAUCUUUGAAAUGUCCUUCUUCUUUCACUAUUCCAUCCCCUCAAAGAUGGAAAAAACAACACUAAAGCUCCAAGUCUGUGUGAGAUUAAGCUUAUGGUACCUUCAUCCUCUCAUCUGUUUGCUCUGCAGCCCCCAUUAAAUAUUUGCCCUGUGGUUUACAGUGAAUAAAUUUCUGUAUAAGUCCCUCGCUCUUGUCCUUUCUCCUUGUGCCUCUUCUUAUCUUGCAGCACCUCCAGAGCAGCAAACAGUCCCAGAAGGGUGGCUAGAAGGUGUUCAGAAUUCUCAGACAGUCCUUUCAUGUUCUUUGUACUGUUUAGCUUCAGAAUAAAGUAAAAACCAAGUGGGAGAACUUUGAUUUGGGGUUAGCAAAGUGCUGUCUUGAGAGAUUGCAGGGGAGGAUGGAGGUUUGUUUCUUUGCAGGAGGAAGGCAAAAAAUAAAAGAGUGUGUUUAUAAAUUACAGGUAGAGUUGCUGUGUGAUCCUUGAGGAAGGGUGAGCACCUGUGAAUAAAGGGUAGAAAUGUGCCAUGGCUGGUGAUAAACAAAUGUACUUUUUAUUUCAGCAAGAAAACAAAGUAGGAGGGCCUGCUGUGACUGCAAAUCUGUGUUAUUUCAUUUUUCCUUUUUGAAAGGUUAGAGGAUACAUGGAUAUGGGCACACACAUGAGCCCUUCCUCUAUAUGUGAAUGAAUUUUAUUUAGCACAUGUGAUUUUUUAUUUUUUUUGUCUGAAAGCCCCUUGCAGAUGUCCUCAGGUGUUUAUCUCUGCUGGCAGGAAUUCCUGCCUUCUUUAGUUACAGUGGUGGUGUUUCCACAGCCCCAUAUCAGUGGGGCACAUGAACUGCACCAGAUACACACCAGGGUCACUUGUCCUGCUGCUCACAAAACCUCAGGCUUUGUUUCAGGAGACAACAUGGUUUCCAUGAUGACAGCUCUGUGGCAAGUAAUUAUUCCCAUGAUUGUCCUUUCCCACUUCUCAGCAUCUCUGCCACCCUGGGAGAGGACGGAGCGCCACGCGGACGGGCUCUUCCACAGCGAACUCAGCAAGAUGAACGGCAACGCUUACGUGCAGCAGUUGGUCAAGCACCUGGUGGGCCUCAAGGACAGGUCCCAGAGGCACUCGGAUGGGCUGUUCACCAGUGAGUACAGCAAGAUGAGAGGCAACGCCCAGGUUCAGAAAUUCAUCCAAAGCCUCAUGGGCCGCAAGCGCAGCUCUCCUGGCCCGGUCAACACAGACAUGCAGGGGAGAGAAGGAGUAAACAACCCUGAGGAACUUUGUUUUUAUUGGUUGUACCAGAGCUUUCUGAACACCAGCCGCUCGGACAGAGAUGCCAGGGAGGCUGCUGCCAUUACCAGCCAGAACCUUUGCCCCUUCUCUAAGCAGCUGUUUGCAGAUGUGACAGAAGAUACAGAUGGUUCUGAAUGAAGGUGAAGGGAAAGAAACAGCCAAGGAGACAGCUUUGCACAUGUAUGGCCUUGAAAAUAAACAGGGAAGCUCUUGCUUAGGAAAAACUUUUGAGAUAGGCAAAUAAAUAAAAAAUAAUCCUGGAAAGCAGUAAAAAGCCAAUGAAACCUCUGAGAUUAUGCAAAGUGAAAUGUAUGCGGGUGUGUAUUGCUGUCAGUAGAUGGAGCCUGGGUGAAGCACAUCCCUCCACUCUGUGUUGGCAUCUGACUGCCUGCUGCUGAUCCCAAAUAAAAAUGGUUAACUGUG